CCCAACGUCUAUGAAAUGUAAACAAAUUACCUUACAACAUGCUAUCUGAUGAUAACGAUAUAAAACUUUCCGAGCAUACUUUGAAAGCUCUUCAGGAAUUCUACAAAGAACAAGAAGAGAAAUCUCUUUCAGAAACUACACAUAAUAAUAAUAUUUUAGUGGAGGAAGACUGGAAGUUCAGUCAAUUUUGGUAUGAUGAAACUACAGCUAAAACAUUGGCCAGAAUAGCUCUCAAAGCAGCUGGAGAAAAUGGAAAGUAUGUUGCAUGCUGAAUUGUUAUUUAUGAAUUUUUUUU